AUGUCCAAAAUUGAGUGGAACGUGAUUGUUUUUGAUAAGCCAGGCACAGACAGAACCGCCGUGCGUCCGCAGCACGUGGCGGCGAUUCCAGAAAGUGUGAACAACGGCACCGUGACCUCUGUAGGUGCCAUUUAUAAGGACGCCUCCAAAACCCAGUUUGCCGGCUCGACGUUCCACAUGAUGGCCGAGUCCAGGGAGGAGAUUCUUGACUUUUUGAAGAAGGACAUCUACUACGAGUCCGGAAUCUGGGACUUGGACUCUGUCAUUGCUCACCCCGUGGGGAUUGCUGCCAGAUUAGGCAAGGCCAUGCCUGGCGUCACCAAGAUCUGA